AAUAAUCGCACAAUUACAAACAUAUCGAUCUCUUUCAAUGGGGGCAAGGAUUGUUUAGUGCUACUAAUACUAUACUUGGCUGUUAUUUAUGACACGAUCAUCAGCGUCAAUAAGAGGGGUUAUAAUAGCAAUAAUAAUAAUCACUUAGAGGCAAUUGAUUCUGUUUACAUCAACUAUGAAGAAACCUUUCCAGAAUUAGAGAGCUUUAUCAAGGAGACAGAGACUAAAUACAAUUUGCAAAGCGAGAAAUUUGACAAAAUACAGUUGAAAGAGGGAUUUGAAAACUAUUUGAAGUUGAAACCUAACAAAAACUACAUAUUAAUUGGCAUUCGACGGUCAGAUUUCAGAGCAGAAACAUCGCAAAAUUUGGAGUUCAUCCAAAGAACUGACAACAAUUGGCCUGAAUUCAACAAGGUGAGCCCGCUAUUGAACUGGAAUAAUACAGACAUCUGGAUGUUUUUGUUGAGUCUCGACAUCAAGUACUGCGAGCUAUACAACAAUGGGUUCACCUCGCUCGGCGGCACAAACUCAACAGUUCCAAAUCCAGUGUUGGAGAAAAGCAGCUUCGAGAGCUGGCCCCCU